UCCCCCAUAUUUUGAUCCCUUCUCCGGGAUGAAAAACCGGACAUCUACAUCAGGAAACCCCCUCCGCAGGCGCCCGGGUCAGUGAGUGAAAAGUGGACAUGUCCGGGGAAAAGAGGACAUAUGGUCACCCUAACGUCGGUCAUAUUGUCCAACGAUUUAAAGUUUUUCAUCUGACAAUAUUAAAUACUACGGUAACGUCUGUGUAAGCGCCAUUUAAGGUUUAAAUAUAUUUAACUGUUUAUCUUGUCACAUUUGUUUAUGUGUCUACGAAUUGACUAUUUUGUAUUCAUAAAUAUUCUUGGUUAUCUCAAUGAGAAACGUAUACAUUUACAAUGUGUCAGCAGUAGAGGGCGCAGUUUGUGUUUUUACCAGAAGAAGUCGGUCUCUUCUUGUGUUGUUUUAAAAUAAAGAUGGACGGUGGACCACACAGUCAUUUUACCGUGUGUGACGACGUCUGAUGUUGUCCGACGCGUAAAACGGUUGUGUCGUUCAUUCUUUAUAGAAGAGGUUAAAGCUUGAGAACUACAGGAACCAACAUAAACGAAGAGUAACCUCUACAGUCCGACGUGUUUUCGCACACACUGCUAUCUUUCUCUCAGUUGUGUGAUGUGAUGACUUGUGUGAGGUCAAAGGUUAAUGGUCGCACUGAUAGCAGGUUUCAAGGUUUAGGCUCAGUUUUACAAAAUGAGUCUUUCAUUUGAUUUGAACUAGAGUAAAAGCUCGUAUGAACACUGACCUGCUGCUGUUCUAAAGAGAAAUCUGUUGAAUGAACCUGAACUUUUGUCUCUGAUCAGCUGAAGAAAAGCUCCAACAUGCUCCUCCCCCUGUUCCACCUGUUUACUCUCACCUCUCUGACAGAGGGACAGGUUCUCUGUUCAGGUGUAAACUGCGCCUCAGGGAUGGACUGCAUCAGUAUAAACGGGGUUCUUCAGUGUGCCGACCCCUGUGACCACUACUCUGUGCUGAACGAUAGCUGGCGCUCAGUGGAUAACGCAAACAACCCAUUACACUGUGAUCGGAAUAUCAACUGGGCCGGCUGGUAUCGUUUCUUUCUGGGCCAAGCUGAUGCUCGUAUUCCAGAGAAGUGUAUAGCAGAACUCAGAUGUGGAACCUACGCUCCAUUGUGGAUCACAGCGCCUCACCCCACACAGAUGAAUCAAACUGUAACUCGCUCUGUUUGUGGUGCCUGGAGUGGUUCCUGCUGCUAUUUGUCUUCAAACCCCAUCCAGAUCAAACUCUGCAAUGGAUUCUAUGUCUACAAACCUGUAUAUCCUACAUGGUGCGACUAUGCAUAUUGUGCAGAACUAUAUUUCCCAAUCCCCGAAGGCUUCAGGGCAUCAGGACAAACCCAGAACAGCAUCACUCUGCAGUGGAAUAAAAUGGACAACAUCAGCUUUGUGCUCCAGUUUAAUGGUGCAGAGACAAACAUCAGUGCACCAAGCGGAGACGGACCAGUAACCUACACAGUCUCAUCUCUCGCUGCUGGAACCACGUACACGUUCACUCUCUAUUCUGUGUCUGGCAGCAUCAGAAGCUCUGGAGUUAGCAUCACUGCAGCUACUGGUGAGAUCCUCUGUGACCUUUGACCUUCUGUGUGUUGGUCCUCAGCUAAUUUACUGUAGAAACAGAAGAGAAAAUGUAUUUAAAUGAUUAUAUUUAAAACUCAAGCACAAAUAUGAAUUCAUCCUGAUUUAUUUUCUGUUUUCAUGUCGACAAAAAUCUUCUU